CGGACGGGACAACAGAAAACACAACACUGAACGCAACACGCAACUACAAUUUUAAUUUUAUAAAAAUAAAACAACUUUGCUUUGGUCUCAUUUUGUGUUCUCUUUCGUUGAUUCGUUUUGGAGUCAUGUCUAUUUAUUAUAGCGGGACGUUCACAAGGUCUGCUGGUGUAAUCAGUGCAAUAAUCAAGCAAUUGAAGUUGGUAAAUUUAAAGCCUGUGAAGAAAAUCCAAGUUCAAUUUGAUCCAUUUCAUCCAAAUGCAGUAACAGCCAGAGAUUUCCUGUUCCAUAUUUCCUCACCCAAAGUUACAGAGACAAAUCUGAGCUGUGUUAUCAGGGCUAAUGUUGUCUGUGAUAGGAGUGAACCAGAAAUAAAACUUGAAUUAGCAGAUUCAGGUGUAGUGAAGUUCUUAGCAAAUAACCUAACAGUUCUAGACAUUCUUCAACAAAUCAACAAGCACAUUAGUUCCAAAGUCAAAGAAGACCCUAUAGUUCCACUUUCAACAACUAAAAUAGCAGCAAAGAAGCUAGGCAGACGCUAAUAUGGUCAGUAAAAAGAAGGAUUUCCACCUGAAGCUCAUAGAGAAUGUGUAUGAGAACAUCCCUGCUUUCACAGAUGUGUUCACUGAAGAGACAUUUUAUAUUUUCGUUGUUACUAUAGUUUUAAGUACAAUUCUUCUAGCUUUCAUUGUUUCAAGAUUUGUUACAAUAAAGGAAGUUGAGUUGUAGCUUAGUGAUUUUGAGUGGAAUUAAGGGGAAUAAAAAAUAUAAAUAAUCCAGAAUCAAGACAACAGGAAAAAAUAUAGGCAUAUGCAUUUGUAACCUAUAUAGGAUCAAUUUUACAAAUUCUAUUUUUAAAUAUGGAACUGAAGACUGAACAAAUGGGUCAAUGUUAAAUGCAUUGAAAUUAUACAAAAUGCAGGAAAAAGGGCUGAAGAACCCAUAGUUGGUUCUAUGAUUAUUCAUAACAAAUAAUUCUGUGUUUUUAGUAAAAUAUGAGGGAACAUUGAAGUUAAUCUUAAUGAGAAGUUCAUAGCAAUCAAUUUCACCUGAGAAAAUCUUAAACAUAGUAUCAUGAUCAUCAAAUUCAAAUACAGAUCCUAUUUUUAUUCUUCUUUGAACGCAUUUCUUCAUAAAAAACGACAAUAAUCGAUCAUUCAAUUAAACAGUCAAAAAAGACAUUGAUGUGAGUAUAGUCCUUAUUUGAAUGCAGCAGGUGCUCUAUGAACUAGACCCAUGUUUUACUUAAAAAAUGUAAAUUAUUAUGAAUAUAUUGCUCAAUAAUUGGAGAAGCAUAAUACCAUCUGAGUUUUUUU